GAGUGCUCCAUCUUACCGAGCGUAGGCGAUCUUCGGCGGAGCUAGCCGGCUAACAGCUAACGCGUAGAGACGCCAUUAGUUGGGUGAAAACCAGGCGUUCGCAUCAGAUUGAAAGGGGAUUUAUUCCACAGUUUAGACCCAUUUGUCUCACAUCUGUUGGUCGAUAUUCAUAAAAGUCGGAUUCUCUGAUGCUGUCGAGGUGUUUUUCUCCUGAUUUUUAGCUGUUUUUUAAAGUCGGAAGCCGAUGUGAGCUACGCAGGACUUCAGUUCCGACGGGGGUUAGCAUUAGCAGGGCUAGCUUGACAUCGCUUGUUUUGAUAAACGCUGAUAAAUUAGUUUAAUAUAACUUCCAGCCAUGGCGGCCGGAGGGGCGGGCGGCAACAGCGGCAAAACCUACUCCUUCAAGGUGGUGCUGCUGGGGGAAGGCUGCGUGGGGAAGACGUCGCUGGUGCUCCGAUACUGCGAAAACAAAUUCAACGACAAACACAUCACAACUCUACAGGCGUCCUUCCUCACAAAGAAGCUCAACAUCACGGGAAAGAGAGUGAACCUGGCCAUAUGGGACACAGCAGGUCAGGAGCGUUUCCACGCGUUAGGUCCCAUCUACUACAGAGACUCCAAUGGAGCCGUACUAGUGUACGACAUCACAGACGAAGACUCCUUCCAGAAGGUGAAGAACUGGGUGAAGGAGUUGAGGAAAAUGUUGGGCAACGAGAUUUGUUUAUGUAUAGUAGGUAAUAAGAUUGAUUUGGACAAAGACAGACAUGUUUCAGUGGAAGAGGCUGAGAGUUACGCGGAGUCGGUGGGAGCCAAACACUACCACACAUCAGCCAAGUUAAACAAAGGCAUCGAGGAGCUCUUCCUGGAUCUCUGUAAAAGGAUGAUGGAGACGGCUCAGGCCGAGGAGAGGUUGAAGGGCAACGGAGCCAGCCAAUCAGCUUCGAGUAGGCGGGGCGUACAGAUCGUCGACGACGAACCACAGGCCACACCUGCCGGAGGGUGCUGCUCUUCUGGCUAACACACACACACACACACUUUUACACAAACACACACACACACACACACUCACACUCUCUGUCAUACAUGCUUGCAGACAUUAUACUCACACACACAUUUAUCAGUGUCUCUGUCGUCCGGUUGGUCCGCUCUGAAAUAAUCUGCUGUGUUCAUUCAGCAACGCCUCUGCCGCUAAGGAGCAUGGGAAAUCAUAUUUAAAUGACUUUGUUCAGUGUACCCUUUCAAAGUAAAAGUAACUGAAGUCCUCAUGAUUGAAAUCAGUGCUUUUAGUUACAAAAUUCAAAAAAAAAAUCUCGUUUUUAGCACUUUAUUUACUGUCAUUUCUUAUAAAAACAGACGAUAACUCGACAGUAAUCUCAAACAAAGCAGCGACUAAUAUCACAGAAACAUUGAAGGCCUCUUCCCUCCCUCCUCCAGCUGCCUCCGUGUGUUUCAUACUAAAGAUUAUUAAUAAAACAGUUAAAAAUAAGUUUGAAGACACAAAAAAGCGGCUCAAGCUUCAGCAGAGAUUUGUUUAGUUUUUGUUUUUUGGGGGUGGGAGGGGCUCUUUAAUGGUUAAACAUGCAAUCUGCACACACAAAGACACACUGUACAAACCGCCAUUAAUCUUCAUGUUGAUCAGUUUGUGGUGUAACAGCGUCGCCUGCUGGACGAAAGUGGAACGGCAGGGAGGCGAUGAAAGUUAAAUCCCGGCCGCGGAGUUCUUCACAGGUCCUGAUGACUGAACUCUCCUGCUUCUUUAUUCAUUCAUCACAUAUUUACUGUUGCUGCACUGAACUCCUCCAGCUCAUGUUCCUCAUGUUGCAUUUAGUGCCAAAAUCUUUCCCCCCAAACUUCAUGAUUGAACACUGGUGUCUGAUCAAUACACAUCCCAUAAACCCUUAAACAUCCUCUACAAUCAAACAUGGAGGUGCAGACGUUUGGACCUGUGAGGAACCAGCAGCAGCUACAAACAGACUCCAGGUAGAUGCACAAACAUCAUCAGAUAAAAGCUGCAGUCACUUGUUCUACAAACAAACUAUAAAUAAAAUCAUACUUCUCAUUGUUGAAGCCAAAUGUAAAAAAAAAAAAAAAAGAAGUGAUUAUUUAAUAAAUAAACAACAAAAUUUCUGCAACAACCAGAAAGAAAAACUUUAAACUCUAAAAUGACAAAAAAUAAAAUAUUUCACAGUUAUAAAUAAAGAAAAAAAAAACGAAAAAGAGAAUGAAUCAGUUUGAAAUAUUCAGCAAAAUCAAGGUAAUUAAAUAUAAGAUUAAUUUAGUUUGUUGUUUAAUCGAUAAAAUAGUUAAAAAUAUCCCAAUAUUUUGGUUUCUAAAUGAAAAAUAUUGUAGAUAAAAAAUAAAACAUGAGCAGCGAAUACAAACAACUCAGUUGCCUACAGGUCUGAAAACAAUAUAUUGAUAUUGAUCACUGAUCUGUUUGUGUUAAGCAGAAAUCUGUUCAUCAAUUUAUUUUCAAUAAUUAAUUAUUUGGUUCAUAAAAUAUUAGAAAAUAGUGAAAAAAUGAAUUAUUAUCCCCCAAAAUAUUACAUUUAAAGUUGUUUAAAACAGAAAAUCAGGAAUUUCUUUGACAUUGAAAAAUAAACAAAAACGUUUUGUCAAUUAUAUUUAUUUUAAUUUUUUUGUAAUUGAUUAAUUGACUAAUUGUUUCAGCUCAAAGUAAAAUUCUGGUUUUAUUGACAUUGUGCAGCUCAAAGUUUUUCUCCUUCUUCCUCUAAAUGUCGGAUUAAUGGUUUCAUAAACAACAACACACACGUCAUGACAACAACAACAACAACAACAACACACACGUCAUGACAACAACAACAACAACACAACACAGCAACACAACACGCCAGUCUCCCGGACAGAGGAAUAAAACCGUGCAUGUUUGAUUUCUGUAAAAGGCUUCGUUUGUUUGUUUGUUUGUUUGUUUUGACUUUUAAAUGACUUGGUGAAUAAAUAAAAAAACUGAGCAGCGAUUAUUUAAUAAGUUAUACUCAUGAUGGAAACCUGUACAUGAACAAACCUUUAUCUCUGUACUCGCUCUCUCUACUGUGGACUUUGCUGUUGUUUUCCCUCCCGGCCUUUAGCUCCAUUAAUCUCUGCUUACUGAAGAAAAAAAAAAAAAGCUCUGUGACAUUGUACAAAAAAACAAAAACAAACAAAAAACACAAAAAAAACAUUCUGGACGUUUUAUCUGCCUUUGGGGAAAAAUCAAUGCACAUAGAAGAAGAAAAGUAAAAGAUGUACUGUCCUGUUCAUUAUGGAAGAAUGAAAAAAACAAAGGAAAAAAAAAUCAGCACACCUUUUGGAAAUGUAAUUUUUUAAACUGCUAGUGUCAAAAGUGUUUUGUAAAGAUAAUAGAACAAUUAUAACGAUUUACACAACGCA